AUGGACCUCUACAGGUAUUUCAUUUUUAACCAAAAGCGUGUACUCGUUCUCGGUGUUCUCCAAGUGGUGUGCGCAGCUCUCUGUGUGAUUUGCGGCUUCAUGGACACGGUUUUCCGCAAGAAUACCCCUUUGAGCGCCACCAAGACACCGAUAUGGGGCGGAAUGAUCAUGGCAUGUCCUGCUGUUUUGGGUCUGUUUGCAUCUCAAAGGAAAAACUCUAUAUUGGUGAGUGUGAUGGUUGCCGCAGCCUGUCUCUCUUGUGUGGCCUCUGUGUUUGUAUUGGGCUAUGGUUGUCUCACGCUCACAUACGGAGAGGAAGAUAAGGAGGUCUUUCACCAUCAUGACAAUCCCAAAGUGACAUUUGUGCUUCAUCGGACCGUUAAGGCCGCCAACGCCACCAUAGUGCUGAGCUGCGUAAUCAGCAUGCUCCUGUCCGCUCUCAUUGCAUACGUGGGUUGCCGUAGUUUACCCUGGUGUGGCUGCUACGACACUCGGACUGGACUGGAGACCCUAGUUCCACAGUGUGACCAAGGGGAUGCUGAGAUGGUGUGUACAUGGCAAGCUGGAAGUGACGACAGGCUCUUCAACUCUCCAGUUCAGUCUAUGGAGUGUGGAAUCACAGAGACAGGGGACUCCUCCAAACUACCUCCUUACAGCAGACUGACCUAA